GCUAUUGGAGGGGCGAGGGCCGAGUGAGAGCGGUGGGCGAGCGCUGCGGCGGCGUCAUGUCCUCCGAGGUGGCCGCCCGCCGCGAUGCCAAGAAGCUGGUGCGUUCACCCAGCGGCCUGCGCAUGGUGCCCGAGCACCGCGCCUUCGGCAGUCCAUUCGGUCUGGAGGAGCCGCCGUGGGUCCCGGACAAAGAGUGCCCAAGAUGUAUGCAGUGCGAUGCCAAGUUUGACUUUCUCACCAGAAAGCACCACUGCCGCCGCUGUGGGAAGUGCUUCUGCGACAAGUGCUGCGGCCAGAAGGUGGCGUUGCCGCGCAUGUGCUUCGUGGACCCCGUGCGGCAGUGCGCUGCCUGUGCCCUGGUGUCCCGCAAGGAGGCUGAGUUCUACGACAAGCAGCUCCGAGUGCUGCAGAAUGGAGCCACCUUCCUGGUGACAUUUGGAAACUCAGAGAAGUCAGAAACGAUGGUUUGUCGUCUCUCCAGCAACCAGAGGUUCCUGCUGCUGGACGGAGAUGGCCACCACGAGAUCGAGAUCGCUCACAUCUCAACUGUGCAGACCUUUGCGGAAGGCUCCCCACCUGCAGAGGACACUCACUCUCACACCAGCCUCCUGGGGAGCCUGCCCACCUCCGAAGGAGGCAACACUCGGGCCACAGGCAUGUCCCUGCAGUACUCAACACCAGGGUCAGAGGGCAUGACGCAGCUGAAGCUGACCGCAGGGGAAGACGCAAAUGCCAGCAGGGGACAGUCCAUGGCGUGGCUGGCGGCCAUGCACAAGGCCACCAAGCUCCUCUACGAGUCUCGGGACCAGUAACUGCACGCGGGCUGGCCCGUCUGCUCAGAAUGGCAGAGCCACCUCCGUGCUCCCCGACGCCCCACGUGCUGGGAAGACAGUGCGACGUUGGAGAAAACCUGUUCGCUCACCUAGUGCAAUACGUACAGUUUAUUAACGCUCCGAACAGCUUCCCGCUUUAAAAACCUGUCUUUUCUUGUUGACACUUAAUUGGGGUGGGAGAGACCCGGCUACACUACUGCUGAACUGUUUUUAGCAUAACCUCUACCAUGUUUCUGUGAGUGCCAGGUUUACUAGCAGGUUCUGGCCCCCAUCUCACUAACCGUCCACAGGGGGCAUCUGCUCUGCAGCUGGCCCAGCCCGGGCCACCAACUUGUUCCCACGGCACUACUUCGGGGCCAUGGACAAACCUUUGAUACGUCACCAUCCCACCGGGGAAGCAGCCAGCUUUGUGGUUGCUAUUUUUCACUUACCAUUCACUUUAUUAAAAUACUUGUACAACAGUUUGUAUAUACAGCUUGAGUAAAACCUAUUUUGAAAACACGAA